UUCUCCUUAACUAACGCCAGAGCAUCACCCCAUUUUGUUCAUCUAUAAAUAGCUAAUCGUGUCUGGCUAGCUAGAUUGUACUGAUUCUUGUAAAACUAGUGGCAAGGAUUCUGACAUGGUUGGGAAGAGGCUAAUUGUCCUGGUUCUCGUUUUGUUCUUAACGUUGGCGGUCGCAAUAUAUGCAGAGAGUAGUAGGGAGUCAAAGAAUAUUAAUGACGGCGAUGUGGAAGUGGGAGCGGGUGUGAAGAAGAAUUUACCAGAAUGGUUUGUUGGUGGUGGUAGCUCUGCUGCUGCUAGUUGGAGUGGGAAUGGGGGUCUAGGCGGUGGUGAUAUUUCGAAGGGCUACAGCCUCGGCCACUCCUUCAAUUUCGGUGGUUCGGGUGGCGGAAUAGGAGGUGGCGUUGGCGAGGGUGGAGGUAUUGAAGGUGGGAUUGGUAAAGGUGGUGGUACUGGCGGUGGUUCGGGUGGCGGAAUAGGAGGUGGGACUGCUAAAGGUGGUGGAAUUGGAGGUGGUUCGAGUGACGGGAUAGGAGGUGGCAUUGGUAAGGGUGGAGGCAUUGGAGGUGCAUCGAGUGGCGAAAUAGGAGGUGGCAUUGGCAAGGGUGGGGGCAUUGGAGGUGGGAUUGGUAAAGGUAGUGGUACUGGAGGUGGUUCGGGUGGCGGAGUAGGAGGUGGCAUUGGCAAGGGUGGAGGCAUUGGAGGUGGUUCUGGUGGGGGCAUUGGAGGUGGUUCGGGUGGCGAAAUAGGAGGUGGCGUUGGCAAGGGUGAAGGCAUUGGAGGUGGUUCGGGUGGCGGAGUAGGAGGUGGGAUUGGUAAGAGUGGAGGCAUUGGAGGUGGUUCGAGUGGCGAAAUAGGAGGUGGCAUUGGUUCGGGUGGGGGCAUUGGAGGUGUUUCGGGUGGCAAAAUAGGAGGUGGCGUUGGCAAGGGUGGAGGCAUUGGAGGUGGUUCGGGUGGCGGAAUAGGAAGUGGCGUUGGCAAGGGUGGCGGAAUAGGAGGUGGGAUUGGUAAAGGUGGUGGUACUGGAGGUGGUUCGGGUGGCGGAGUAGGAGGUGGGAUUGGUAAGAGUGGAGGCAUUGGAGGUGGUUCGAGUGGCGAAAUAGGAGGUGGCAUUGGCAAGGGUGGAGGCAUUGGAGGUGGUUCUGGUGGGGGCAUUGGAGGUGGUUCGGGUGGCAAAAUAGGAGGUGGCGUUGGCAAGGGUGGAGGCAUUGGAGCUGGUUCGGGUGGCGGAAUAGGGAGUGGCGUUGGCAAGGGUGGCGGAAUAGGAGGUGGGAUUGGUAAAGGUGGUGGUGCUGGAGGUGGUUCGGGUGGCGGAGUAGGAGGUGGGAUUGGUAAGAGUGGAGGCAUUGGAGGUGGUUCGAGUGGGGAAAUAGGAGGUGGCAUUGGCAAGGGUGGAGGCAUUGGAGGUGGUUCUGGUGGGGGCAUUGGAGGUGGUUCGGGUGGCAAAAUAGGAGGUGGCGUUGGCAAGGGUGGAGGCAUUGGAGGUGGUUCGGGUGGCGGAAUAGGAAGUGGCGUUGGCAAGGGUGGCGGAAUAGGAGGUGGGAUUGGUAAAGGUGGUGGUCCUGGAGGCAUUGGAGGUGGGAUUGGUAAGAGUGGAGGCAUUGGAGGUGGUUCGGGUGGCGGAAUAGGAGGUGGCGUUGGCAAGGGUGGAGGCAUUGGAGGUAGCAUUGGCAAGGGUGCAGGUAUUGGAGGUGGGAUUGGUAAAGGUGGUGGUACUGGGAGUGGUUCAGGUGGAGGAAUAGGAGGUGGAACUGGUAAGGGUGGAGGGCUUGGCGGGGCCAUUGGAGGUGGUUCUAUUGGAGGUAUCGGUGGUGGUUCAAGUGGGGGUAUAGGGGGUGGAGGUGCAGGAGGUGGUACCAGUGGAAGAAUAGGAGGUGGGGCUGGAGCUGGUAGUGGUGGUUCAGCAGGGGGUAUAGGAGGUGGUGUUGGCAAAGAUGGAGGUAUUGGAGGUGGGAUUGGUAAAGGUGGUAGCACUGGGGGUGGUUCGGGUGGAGGAAUAGGAGGUGGAACUGGUAAGGGUGGAGGGAUUGGAGGGGCCAUUGGAGGUGGUUCAAGUGGGGGUAUAGGGGGUGGAGGUGCAGGAGGUGGUACCAGUGGAGGAAUAGGAGCUGGGAUAGGUGGUGGGGCUGGUGCCGGUAGUGGUGGUUCAGCGGGGGGUACAGGAGGUGGAGGUGCAGGUGGUGGUACCGGUGGAGUAAUAGGAGGUGGGGCUGGAGCCGGUAGUGGUGGUUCAGCAGGGGGUAUAGGAGGCGGAGGUGCAGCAGGAGGCAUAGGAGGUGGAGGUGCAAGUGGUGGGGCUGGAGCCGGUAGUGGCGGUUCAGCAGGGAUUAUAGGAGGUGGUGCAAGAGGAGGAUUUGGAGAUGGCAUUGGCAAAGGAAAUGGUGUAGGUGGUGGAGGUGGGGGCGGUGUAGGAGGUGGAGGAUUUAGUGGCGGUGGAAGAUUUGGAGGAGGUGUUGGCGGAGACUUUGGAGGAGUAGGAGGAGGUGGCAGUGGGGGUUCAAGCAUAGGCGUUGGCAGUGGUAGUGGGAUAGGAGGAGGAUUUGGCGGAGGAGGAGGAGGUGGAGGUGGGGGUGGGAUUGGUGGAGAACUCUAG